GGGGAGGAGGAGCCGCGUCCCUUCUCGAGGAAGGUUCUAUUGUAGGCGUGGCGCGCGUGCGGGCGCUAGGGUGGGGUCGUGCUGAGUGUUGCAGGAGCUGGAGUUUGCAGCCGCAGCAGCAGCAGCAGCAGCAGUAGUAAAGGGGUGCUGCAGAGAGGGGACGCACCUGUCCUGUCUCUGGCUGGCUCCCAUCCUCAGUGCUGCCACCUCCCCUGGGUGGCUCUUAAGGUUCCUAGUGUUUGGCAGCCCCCAGCUUUCCAACAUCCCUGUACACACUCCAUUAACCUAAAUAACAGGGAAUCUGGUGUCUUUGGUAACAAGAGGGAGGCUCUGCUGAUAUGUGCUCCCCUGUGGCCGGUUCUAAGAUUCUCUAUCGGAACUCCCGCCUCCUGCGCAUGGCGUUCCUGCAGCUCCAUCGCCAGCAGAGGGCAGAUGUAUUCUGUGAUGUCAUCCUGCAGGCAGAAGGAGAGGCUGUACCAGCUCACUGCUGCAUUCUCUCCGCCUGCAGCCCCUUCUUCAUGGAGUGCCUGGAGAGGCAAAUGCCCUCCAAGGAGUGCAAAGUGGUGCUGGAGCUGCGGGGUCUGAAGAUCGGGACUCUGCGGAAGCUGGUGGAUUUCCUAUACACCUCGGAGAUGGAAGUGUCCCGGGAGGAGGCCCGGGAUGUCCUGGCUGCUGCCCGGCAGUUCCAAGUAGCAGAACUGGAGUUGCUGCAGCUGGAGGGUGGGAAGCUGGUGAAACAGGUGCUGGGUCGGCGCUUGAACCGGAAGUGCUUGCAGCCGCCCUGCCUGGCUCCUAUCUCUGCUAGGGUUGUGCCGCAAGCCUGCCCUCCUGCUCCCACUAUCCCACGGACGUUCCACCCCCUGGUGGCAGGCAAGCAAUGUACAGCAAAGCCCCCAGGGGAUGGCGGGGUAUGUGCCAGCAGCACCACUAGUCAAGCGGAGAGCGCCAAGUAUUGGGCGGCUGUAGUACCUCAGAACGGGGGAGCCCAAUCGGGGAUGCAGGGUGCGGUGGCUCCCGUGCAGCCAGUGGAGACUGGGAACGUGAGAACGAAGAGCCACUCUUUGGGCUUAGACAGGAGCCUCGGUGUGGGGAGCACACUGGGCAAGGCUGAAGGGUCACAGGGUGAGAGGAGCGCUGAGCAGGCCUUUCCCAGCGAGGGCUGCACCACAGACUGCUCACCACUGCCAAGAAAGAUCAAGCUCAGCCGCCUGAAACUGCCGCCUCCCCCCAGUGCCUGUGCCACAAAGGCACCCCCCACUGUAGCAUCUGGCAAGACCCCCACAUCCAUCCGGCGCCUCUGGCGGCAGAAGACCCCAGGCUGGGAUGAAGCAGGUGGGCCAGAGCAGGCCAGCCCCUCUUGCCAUGGCGGGAGCCUCCCUGUGCCUCCAAAGACCAGCAACAGGAAGCGCAGCUCUAGUGCAUCGGCUUCUGGCUCAGACACUGCCCCAGAGGAGGGGCAUGUGGGUAGUGUGAAGCUCAGGAAGGUCGUCAAUGGGAGUUGCUGGGAGGUGGUACAAGAGACAUCAGCCAGGGAGCCCAAGGGAACCCCAGUGACGAUGGGAGAGACAGGCACCUCCCGUGUGGCUUCCCCGCCCAGCUCCAGACCACACAAGUUUACGCACUGGCCAGAGCUGCCAGGGACGUGGGCAGCCAGCUCCACUGAGCUGCUGACUGGAAGGUUGGAGGCUGUGCUGCUUCCUGAGCAGGUGACAGUAGAACAGGGACCUUCAGAUGGGAGAGAAGGCUGCAGGGACCCUUAUGAGCUGGACAUGGCGGCAUUGGAGCCCUUGAGUGAGAAUGAGGAGUUUGGGGACUCAGCGCCGCUGGAGCAGAUGCUGGACCUGCUGCUAUCAGGCAGUGGCGUGGAGGGCUUGGGCACUGCUGGGCCAGGAGGGACGGCAGGCUGUGCCCCUUCCACGGGUCCAUCACAUGGGCCAAACAUGACACCUGUGGGUGCUGCUGCAGCAGGCGAGGAGUGGCAUCCCCCAGAGAUGCAGCUGUGGCCAGAGUGGGACGACCCAGGGAAGGGGCCCCUGCCAGGGUGGGAGGUGGGGGGUGGUCACUCUGCCCUUAGCACUGCAGAUGGGGAUCCCCUGGGGCAGUCUGUGAGUGGCCAUCUUGUAUCCAGGAGGGUUCUCUCCAGCGGUCACCACGCCACCUCAUUCAGCCCAGUGCCUCUGGCUCCUGCCAGCCCCCAGACUCCUCAGCACCCUUCGCUGACAGCUGGCAGCAGGGAGGCUCAGUUGGGCCCACUGCCCCGUGUCCCUGUGGAAGAUGGCAUGGGCAAAGGGCAGGGAUCCUGCACCACCCAGGCUGCUGGGAUGGAGACAAAACUUCAGCUUCAGGCACCCUGGGGGCUGCCCCGAAGCAGCCCUAAGCAUGGCCCUUUGGACCAUCAGCCCCCUGACAGUCCGGAGGGCGACGAGAUUGACAUCAUGGCCGGCGCUGAGGAGGCACUGGUACCUGCUGGCAUCACCUGCGUCAGGCCUGACCCCUCCUCGGAGUCUGAUGAAGAGGUGGACAUUCUGAACUAGUGGCCACCAGGCCUGGUCUAUAGCGGAGGGGAAGGGCGUCUAGCCUAUGGGAGCCAUCACAGCCAGCUGGCCACUGAGGUGUAGCUGCCAUAGCUGAGACUGACUGUGGGAAGCUGCUAGUAACAAAAUGAAUCAGGUUGUUGGAGUGGGGAGCUCUGCAAGUGGGGGACAGGGAUCAGUUGGAGGGCACAGCUGGGGUGAAGCCAGGAUGGAGGUGCAGCAUCCUUUCCCCUACCCUCCCAUUAAUUCUGGGAUGGGACUGAGUCAUACACAGGGAGGUCACUGAGAUUUAAACCAAUGCGCUGGUCACUCGAUGACGCAGUAGGUCUGAGAACGGGGUGGCCCCAGUGUUACCUACUUUGUUGUUGGAGCUCUGCUGACCUCUGUGGUUAAAUAAUCUUAACGCUGCUUCAGUUCUGCUGAGCAGCCUGUGUUUAGAGGAGAGGAGGCUGGAAAGAGAACAGCCCUUCCCAGUCAUCUGGAGCUUCCCCUAUGCCUGUGCUGGGACAGAGGGCUGCACAUGUUGAAGAAGCCUUUCCUGCUGUCACAGCCACUGAUAUUUUGCUGAUGUACAAGGUAGAGAUGUGUGGGUGCAGAGAAAGAAGGGAAUGAAUGGGCCCAGCAUGGAUGAAAUGGUGGAAAUAUCAACUGGGGGUGGUAGCCUGCACCCCUGCAUGUUGUAGAGUCUCUUUAAAGGUGAUGCUAACAGUACUCUCUCACAGGUGCUGUCAGCUCACACUCCCACCUCCCAGUGCUGGGACCCAGGACAGGCCUUGCCUAAUUGUCUUAAGUUUCUUUCCUGCUCCCGUUGUGCAUUUAGCUUAAGCGUUUUCCUCUACAUUUAUGUGCAUAAACAUCUUAACCUUCCUAAACCUGGCCCUGGGGACACAGAUGCUGGUGGAGCACCAUUAGGAGCUCCUAAGGCUGCAGCCAGGACUCUAGUUUUGCAAAAUAUCUGGCCAGCAGUGGUACCAGCCUACCUGCCUCAGCUAUGGAGUCAUGGCUAUCUCAGGAGCAAACUCCACUCCUGCCUGGCAAUGCAAUAGCACAAGCCACCGUCCCUCAUUUCCCAUUAUCACACUGCUGCCCCAUUAACCUGUUGUGCAUCUCAUCCAGAGUUGAUGGUCUCCUUUUAUGAUCCAGCUGCCCUCCACAGCACAUGUAUCCCUCCACUGACAAAGAACACCAGCUCCAUAGUUACUUAGUCCUCAUCUUCAUGUAUCACUGUCCUAAUGAGAACAUCUGUUACCCUUAACAUCCACAUGUAUUUUCACCCCCCUCCCCCUCUUGGGAACCAUGUGAGCUUUGUGCCAUGCUCCCUCCACUUCUCUCACUGCAGGGAUUCGCCCCUGCUCCAGCAGCCCCUUUGGCAAUGGAAAAAUACAGGUGAAAGCAAGGACAGCCUGGAGUGUGAGAGGGUGGGGCUUGUUUGAAAUAAAGAGUUUGUUGGA